CAAAUGCCAGCAGUGUGGGAAAGGUUUUGUUCAGAAGUCACAUCUUAUGUCCCAUCAGAGAGUCCACACACAAGAGAAACCGUACAAAUGCCAGGAGUGUGGGAAAGAGUUUGCUGACAAGUCAGUCUUUGUGAAUCAUCAAAGAGUCCACACAGGAGAGAAGCCAUACACAUGCCAGCAGUGUGGAAAAGGUUUUGCUCAGAAGUCAAUUCUUGCAUCCCAUCAGAGAGUCCACACGAGAGAAAAACCGUACACAUGCCAGCAGUGUGGGAAAAGUUUUGCUCAUCAGACAGGUCUGGUGAUGCACAAGAGAGUCCACACAGGAGAGAAGCCAUACACAUGCCAGAAGUGUGGAAAAGGUUUUGCUCAGAAGUCAACUCUCGUGAGGCAUCAGAGAGUCCACACAGUAGAGAAACCAUACACAUGCCAGCAGUGUGGAAAAGGUUUUGCUAAGAAAUCAUUUCUUGUAGUCCAUCAGAGAGUGCACACAGGCAAGAAACCAUACACAUGCCAGGAGUGUGGAAAAGGUUUUGCUGAUAAGUCAGGUCUUGUGAAGCAUCAGAGAAUCCACAAAGGAGAGAAGCCAUACAAAUGCCAGCAUUGUGGGAAAUGUUUUGUCUACAAGUCAGUUCUUGUGAUUCAUCAGAGAAUCCACACAGGAGAGAAACCGUACAAAUGCCAGCAGUGUGAGAAAGGUUAUGCUCAGAAGUCAUGUCUUGUGUCCCAUCAGAGAGUCCACACAGGAGAACAGCCGUACAAAUGCCAGAAGUGUGGGAAAGGUUUUUCUCAGAAUUCACAUCUUGUGAGGCACCAGAUAACCCACACAGGAGAGAAGCCAUACACAUGUAAGGAGUGUGGGAAAAGUUUUGCUCAGAAGUCAAAUCUUGUGAUCCAUCAGAGAGUCCACACAGGAGAGAAACCAUACACAUGCCACCAGUGUGGGAAAGGUUUUGGUCAUCAGUCAGUUCUUGUGAGGCACCAGAGAGUCCACACAGGAGAGAGACAAUAAAAAUGCGAGGAGUGUGAGAAAUGCUUUCCUCAAACUUGGCAUCCUUUGAAUCCUCAAAGAGUUCACAGAAGAGCAAAAUCAUUCAGUUGUUAUAGCUGAAAUAUUUUCUUCAAAAUUCACACCUUUCGAAUAUGAGGGAGUCCACACAGGAGACAAACUAAAGGGACCAUAGGACUGUAGGAAACAUUUUUAUGAAAUUUCAUGCCUUUUCACAUUAAAGAGAAACUAUAGAAAUACCAGCAUUAUGGAAAACAUUUGGUUGGAGGACAGCCUUAAUAAUAAUAAUAACAACAACAACAACAACAACAAUAAUACUGUAUUUAUAGCCUGCUUUUCCAAAAGAGAUCAAAGCGGGUUACAACAAGAGUACAAAACUAUGUACAAUUUACAACAGUAUCCACAUCAUAAAAACACACGAAACUACACCAAUUUUAAAACACGAUUUAAAAACACAAUAAAAAAAUUGCAAACAUUAAAAACCACAACUAAAACUAGCUUAAAAGUGCCAGUGUAAUGGGGGGAGAACAGAUGUCACAACGCAUGGGGGAAAGCUUGUUGGAAGAGGUAGGUCUUCAGCUUCUUCCUAAACAGGUCAAGGGA